UUGAUCCAACUUCUGUGUCCCCAACCCUUCUGCCUAUCUCAGGUGGGGCUGGUGCUGCACUACUCGUCCUUGUCCACCAUGCUGUGGCUGGGGGUGACCGCCCGGAACAUUUACAAGCAGGUGACCAAGAGGCCUCCGCAGAGCAGAGACGGUGACCCGCCCCCUUCCCCGAAGCAGACCCUGUUGAGUAUCGGCGCCACCUCCGCCCCGAUCCUCCGAUCCUCUGAUCCUCCGAUCCCUCCCCACCCCUGCCCCUCCCCCCGAGGGCAGACAAACAUCUUGAUCGUAAUUGAAUUUUCAGGGGGGGGGGAAAGAGGAGAGAAUGUCGAAGAGGGAGAGACGGCGGCGGGAGGGUGGGAAGGGAGGAUGAGGACGGAGGAAGGAGGGUUAGGAUGCUGCGACAGGGGUCGAGACUGGGAGGAAAUAGCGUGGCGUGAUGCAGGAUUGAGAGUGGAUGACUGCGCAGAAGAGCCAGGACAAGGACAGUUCAGAGAGGGAGCUAAGAGAUUUGUGUCCGCCCUGAAUUUCGAAGGCUCCACUUCCUGCCAUGAAAGUGCCAUCGGUCACUAA